AUGUUUGUAUUUGAUCAAGUAAUCGAUGAAAAAGAAGAGAUCCUUUACGAAUUUUUUGAAAUGAACCUGAAUCAACUUCGAGAUUAUAGAGAUUUUUUCAGAAAAAAUAAAGAUGAAUAUCAGGUUGUACAAGUAAUUAAAAUGCAUAUACAAGAAGAAUAUAUUUCUAAUUAUAAAACAUUACGUAACAAAUAUGAUUUUAUUAAAAAAGAUAUUAAUGUUCUAAGGUUAACUAAAUCAUUAAGUAUUUUAAAAAAAACUGAU